UCACGCCCCUCGAGGCGCGAGCUCUAGCCCGCAUCCAAUCAUCUGCGCCUCCUCACGCUAGCGGCAUUCCAUUGGCCUACUUCUACCGGGAGGCGGGGAGAGGAGGCGGAGCGUCGGGCUAGCGUCUGGCCAAUAGUAGCCUCCACCGUGCGCGCCCCUGGUUGCCCAGGAAACCUAACAGCUUGCAGCCUUGGUCCACCGCCGGGACCCACCUGGGCGAAGAUGGACGACCUCUCCGAACAUGCUGGGGACACUGCGAGCGAAGGUGAAGAUGGUGACAGCCUGGCUUUGAGGCCGACUGAGAUCAUAGACAGCCCUGGUCCCCAGACCCCCACGGAACCCGAAGAACCACAACUCGAGCUAGAGGCGAGAGCGGCAGAGGGGAUAGAGGCUUCCGAGGGAGGCGCUGCCACCGACGAGCAGCCAGCGGCCACGGAAAGGCUGGUAGCCACGGAGGGUGUGGGCGAGGAUGCGCCCGGACAGCCCGAGAGGCCGGCCAAGCCCGAGCAGCCCCCCGGGGCUGGGACCGAGGAGUCGGCCAAGCCGCAUUCUGAAGGUAGCUCAGAGGAGGUGGAAGAUGAAGAAAAGACCGACGCGGAGUCCGCGGUAAAGAGGAAAAGGACCGGCUCGUUCCGGGCGUCGUUUCAGCUGACCUCGAUCCAGGAGGAGCAAGCAAAACGAGAGGAAACGGAAGAGAAGGAGGAGAGCAAGGAGGAGGGCGAGGGGCAGCGUGGGGAAGGAGGCCGAGAAAAGAGUGACAGAGAGCAGGCCCACUGGCCCCUGGGUGGAGGAGAGGACGAGGAGUGGUCGGAGGAGGUGAAGCGGCAGCAGGAGCAGCAGCUGCGCAGCGAGCUGCUCGAGCAGUACCGCGCCCUGGUGGUGGAGCGCUCGCGCUACCAGCGCUACAACCUGUACCUGCAGCAGAAGAUCUGCGAGGCCCUGCGCAGGAAGAGGGGCCUGGACGCCGCCGCCGAGGCGCCAGACAAGGGCCCCGAGCCCGAGGCCCCGGAGAAAGAGCAGGCAUACCUGCACUACCUGGCCACGCUGGAGGAGCUGAGGAAGCAGGAGAUCGACGACCUGGAGUGGUACCAGCAGGAGGUGGGCCAGCUGAAGCAGCAGUGCCAAGACAAGCUGGCCAGGGUGGAGAAGAAGUGGCGCCAGUUCCAGGCCCUCAAGAAGCAGGUGGUGAUGCAGGCCAUGGGCAGCUGCCGCCUGAGGGGCGGACGCCAGGCUGCUCUGCGAGAGGUGGAGCAGAUCCAGGCCUUGGAGGACAAAAAGGAGAAGGAGAUGAGCGCUGUGCGGCUGGAGAACGUGCAGCUGAAGCAGAGCCUGGCGCAUUUUGAAACCAGGAUGAGGGCCCAGGAGGACUUGGCAGAGGGGCUGCUGCUCAUUGAUUUUGAACAGCUGAAGAUCGAGAACCAGACGUUCAAUGAGAAGGCAGAGGAGCGAAAUGAGGAGGUGGUGAAACUGCGUGGUAAGGUGACCAACAAUGUGCAGGUCAUAACUCAUGUAAAGGAGAAGCUGCACUUCAUGGACAUGAAGAACACAGGCAGAAAGAUGGAGCUGAUGAGAAUCGAGGCUCAGGUGGCCUCCCGAAGGGACAUCCUGAGCAAGACUAAGCAAGCUCGCGACAGCCUUCGGGUUGACAACCGCAAGCUGAAUCAGAAGUGUGGGCUACUGGGCAAGGAGUUACUCCUGCGGGACUUGGAGGAAAAGGUGGACAAGACUGAGCUGCUCACCCAGCGCCUGGAGUCCCUGAAGCGCCACCACGCCGGGCUCACGCUGUCCUGCAAAGGCGUGAAGCAGAAGAUCAGGGAAGCCAAAGCUUUUCUCCCCUCCUGACCCCACGGGUGGGAAACCAGAGGCUUCUCACCAUCUCCGGGGACUUCGACCUUCACUCACUCUUACUCUCUAUUGCUGCCAUUCCUUGGGGUUUGUCAUAUUGAGGGUAGAACUAUAUAUCUUACCUCAUUUAUCAGUUCUGAUUUGUGCUGAAUCCCAACUUGGGUUCACGGUUUGUAUGAGAUUAAGCAAGAGAGGCCUAGAGUCAAAAACCGGUGACUGUACAUGACUUCUCACAAAAAGCUGUCAAAAUGUCUUUUUCUAACUGAACAACUAUGAUUUCUGGGGUAAUACUAAAAUAUACUGUUCCCUUUCCUCUGUGUAAGGAGGCUUUAAAAGCUGAACCAAUGGACAGGGUACAAAGUAUUCCUGUGCAUUAAGCAAGCUAUUAAAUUCUCUUUGUACUUACUAAACUGUGUAGUCCUAAAUCACUCACUAAUUCUUAUUUUGUAUAUAACCAUCACUAGCUUCUGGGAUGAUUUUUAAAACCUCCAGAAGCUGGGCCUGGUGUCGCACACCUGUUAUGCUGAAGCAGGAGAAUGGCAGCGAGUUCAAGGCCAGCCUGGACAUCACAGUGAGAACCUGUCUCAGAAUGAAGGGGAAAAGCAUUUAGUAAAAUCCAGAAAGAGAUGAGAUGGUCAACAGGAAAAGGGGCUGGUGCUCUGUCCCCCUCCUUUCCACUGAAGAGCAGCUCAGUCUAGCACUCAGUCGCGUCUGCUUCUGCCCCAGCAAGAUCUGCACUCAGAAUUGAGCA